GAGAAGAGCCUGGUGUUGGUGCAUGUGUUUUGGACUUGCAUUUAUGCUCGCUGGAGUAAUCCUUGGAGGGGCAUACCUGUACAAAUAUUUUGCAUUUCAGCAGGAUGAUGUCUACUACUGUAGAAUAAGAUACAUCAAAGAUGAGUUGACCCUAAACGAGCCAGCUGCUCGCUACCAGACAACUGAGGAAAAUAUUAAGAUUCUUGAGGAAGACAAUGUUGAAUUCAUCAGUGUGCCAGUCCCAGAGUUUGCUGAUAGCGAUCCUGCAAACAUUGUUCAUGACUUUCACAAGAAACUCACAGCCUAUCUCGACCUUAACUUGGAUAAAUGCUACGUGAUUCCUCUGAAUACUUCCAUUGUAAUGCCUCCCAGAAACUUACUGGAGUUGCUCAUCAACAUCAAGGCUGGAACCUAUUUGCCUCAAUCCUACCUGAUUCACGAGCAUAUGAUUAUCACUGACCGCAUUGAAAACGUUGAUCAGUUGGGCUUCUUUAUUUAUCGGCUGUGCCACGGCAAGGAAACUUACAAAUUGCAGCGCAAAGAAACUGUUAAAGGUAUUCAAAAACGUGAAGCUGACAAUUGCGUCAAGAUCCGGCACUUUGAAAACAGUUUUGCUGUGGAGACACGCAUUUGUGCAUGAACAUAAAAUGAAAAACACAAUUCUGGUGAAAAAUUUUAAUACAGCAGUAUAAUCCCA